AGAGCCGCGUCGGCCGUUUUGCCCGUGUCACCGCACCGCACUGCCGCAGCGGGAAUACAAACAGCAGUCUGGCAACGUUCACUCAGCUUCGCCGCUUCGCAUUUUCGCAUUUACAUCCUUCGCGGCGCGGAAGCAAGAUGGAGCGUUGAUCGCAUCGCAUCCGUGGGUUAUCCGUGUGUUAAAGUGCUUCGGAACUUCAGGCGCUUCGGGCUUCGGCAGCUACUGUGGCUUCGGUCCAUUGAUCGCUUCGGGUUUCAGUCAUACAGUCAGUGCUGCUAUUGCUGUGAUCUCCCAGCGUUGUCACAUCACGCGUCGACUAGCGCGACGUCCCUGCAGUCAACCAACCCGCCCGCGCAAACGAACUGCUCGACCACGAAGACGACAACCUGAGACAUAUUUCGGCUGUGUGGACGAUCGACCUCGCCGACAGGAUGGAGAAGAACGGGUACAAAACCAAAGCGCACGCGCCCCCGGACGGGGACUGCGGGGACCCCUGCAGCCCCGAGUCGCCCCUGUCUCCCCUAGCGGCGGCGUCCGGCGGCGGCUCCUCGUCCGAGCUGUCCGGCGCCACGCAGCUGUACCCGAUGCGCUUCGUGCAGCUGGCCCUGUUCUGCCUGUACUCGCUGUCCAACGCCUUCCAGUGGAUCGAGUACUCGAUCGUCGCCAACCUGGUGGCGCGCUACUAUGCCGUCGACGAGGCGUCCGUCAACUGGACGGCCAUAGUGUACAUGGUCACCUACGUGCCGCUCAUCUUCCCGGCCGCCUGGCUGCUCGACCGACGGGGCCUGCGCUUCGUCAUUAUACUCGGCGCCCUGGGCACCUGCGCCGGAUCCUGGGUCAAAGUGCUGAGCGUUCAUCCGGAUCGGUUUACGUUGUGCCUGGUCGGGCAGACCAUAGUGGCUGGCUCACAGAUCUUCAUCCUCAGUAUCCCACCCAGACUGGCGGCUGUCUGGUUCAGCGCUGAGGAAGUGUCCCGCGCAUGCGCCGUCGGCGUCUUCGGAAACCAGCUGGGCAUCGCACUUGGAUUCCUCGUCCCUCCGCACAUGGUCAUGGACAGCGAGAACAUAGAGGAGCUUGGCCAAGGUCUGAGUCGGCUGUGCUAUGCUGUGGCCAUCUUCAGCACCAUCGUGCUGGCAGCCAUUGUCAUUGGCAUCCGCGAACGACCCCCGCGCCCACCGAGCCGCGCCCAGGUGAGCCGGGAGGAAGGGGAGACCGCCGGUUAUUGGCGCUCGAUGGCCAACCUGCUUCGGAACUGGAACUACGUCCUGCUUUUGGUCACCUACGGGAUUAACGUGGGAACCUUUUAUGCGAUCUCAACGUUGCUCAACCAAGUGGUGCUGCCAUACUUCCCCGGCCAGGGAGAGAGUGUGGGCUGGCUGGGCCUGUCGCUGGUCAUCUCGGGCAUGGCUGGUUCGGUGCUGUGCGGCGUGGUGCUGGACAAGACGCACCGCUACAAGGAGACGACGCUUGUCGUGUACGUGCUGUCCCUGGCUGGGAUGCUGGCCUACACCUUCGUUCUGUCUACCUCCACCCUCUGGCCUAUCUUCCUUGUCACCUGCCUGCUCGGGUUCUUCAUGACCGGCUACCUCCCCCUGGGCUUCGAGUUCGCCGCCGAAGUGACCUUCCCCGAACCCGAAGGCACUUCUUCCGGGCUGCUGAACGCGUCGGCCCAGGUGUUCGGCAUCCUGUUCACGCUGGCCGCUACAUGGCUCCUCGACGCCCACGGGGACAGGGUCACCAACCUUGCGCUGUCGGGCGCUCUCUUGGUUGGCUCCUUGCUCACCGCUCUCAUUCGAUCCGACUUGCGAAGACGCCAUGCUCAGCUCCAGGGUGAUCCCACAGCCGUGGUUUCAACAUGAUGAGACUGCUUCCAUUGUUCUCCAAAAAAGUUUUACCGUGCUGUGGCCCGCGCUAUCAGCGAUCGGACAAGAAAACAACGACAAAAGAACAAGAGCAAAUAUGCCAAAGACUCACUUCUUGGAGUGCUAGUCUGACAGAAACGGGUUGCAAUGUCAGAUGCAAGGCAGACCCAACGACGAGCCUUUGCAAUGGUCGGUGUUCUGAACGUUUAUUGUGCAUGACUUUCGGCUUCCAACGGCCUGCAGCUGGUACGCUGGGGGUACAUGGUAGCUGGUCUUCAAGGUGGCUAUUUUGCCAAGCACCGUGUCUUUCGAAGAAACACUGUGGACGUUUCUAAAUUUUUUUUUUUUAUGUGUCAUGUUUAAGGAACUUUUUCACAAAUGUCAUCUUCAAGACAUCCUUUCAUGGCGUUGCUUAGUGUGUGCUAAUAUUUUUUGAAAUACCACUUUAAAAAAACGUUGCAUUGUUGUUGGCUCUCCACCAGGCUGGCAGUUGGCCAAGUCUUUCUUUCGUCAAAUAGCACGACAACAGCAUGUGCGUGUCCCCGUGAUAUCUUGAUUCCUGGUCGGCGCGAAAAAGCACACGUGUCAAUAGCGCCAGACAGCGUUGAUGGGUGGUCGUUCCGCCAGUUGGGUAUCCAUCAUCAAAUAGAUUUGGCCAGCUGUUUGCCUGGUGACAGCAGUCUAAAAGGGUCGUCUUCAAAACGUCUUUCAUAAAAACGUUGUCUUCCAAGAAGUUCCUCAUUGGAGGGUGUCGUCUGUUAGACAUCGUUUACAGGAGAUUGCCUUCGGUGUGCUACCUUUCAAGAUGCUUCUUUUAAGAAUGCUCUUUACAAGCGCGAUGUCCCUAGGGCUUCAGGCAACUUGCGAAUCGUCGUUCUACUAGUUCCGUGGGCGCCAGAGAAAGGCUUUGCUUGCGGCGCGAAAGAGCUUUGUUGUCUUUAGUCGCUACCAAGUAGAAACAUGUCAGUCAAUAGUAGUGCUGUGAAUCUAUGACAGUAUUAUCACGUCUGGGGCGUUCGUCUCAAGACUGCAAAUCUGAGAUCUGGUUGCCCUUUUUCACUAAGGGACCGCAGUGUUGUUUUUUUUGUUAAAGAAUAUUGUCUUCUUGAAAACACGUCUUUCAAAAUAUGGUGUCUUCCGAAACGCUUCUCUCGAGAUUGUCGUCUGCAAGACGUCGGUCAUAAUGUGCCGCCUAAUGCCGUUCUUGAAUAGCGGAGGACGCGAGCCGUUGUAUACCCCGACGGCCUGGACUAGUCUUCCAGUUUUCUUCCGCCGUUGCCGUGAACAAAGUGCUGCUGUCAUUAUAGCGUAUUUUCCGGAGUGUUUUACUCCCCUCGCUGGUGCCUCUAGAGCGGCGCGAGAGCGCGAACUUUCAUCCGGGACUUCAAGAGUUGUCGAACGCAAAGUUGGAGCCGAAAUUUCGCGGAGCGCGUUGAUUGGAGAGUCCGAUCGGCGCUCGCGCGCCAGCUUCGGCUCAAACUUUGUGCGUGUGACGAUGUUAAGGGCCCCUGGUGUAUGUAUCUCUGUAUAGUUUCUGAAAAGUUCGUAAUUUUGUUUUGUUUGCGGAUUGUGCCAUUAAAACUGCCGUUUCAUUUUUUUCCCCCUUGCGGGGCUUUGUACAGACAUUGAUAAUUUUGAGUGCAAUGUUUACUGAUAAUAUACUAUUGCCAUACUGCA